UUUCGUCUUAACUUCCAUCAAUAUUAAUGUCCGCCAACUCCUUUGCACAUCUUCUCCCUCCCAGCUGGAAAACUCAGGUCACAGCAUGGCUAGCUGAAGACACGCCGUCGUUUGAUUAUGGGGGUUACGUUGUCGGAGAAGUGGAACGCGAAGCACAUCUCCUAGGCAAAGGCAGAUCUCCUGCCGUCCUCGCUGGGGUGCCGUUCUUUACGGAAGUAUUCGAACAAUUGGGAUGCCAAGUUGAAUGGCAUCUUAAGGAAGGGGAUACUUUCGAGCCCGUGAAACAUGUUGCUACCGUACGAGGGAAAGCCAGACUUCUUCUUCUGGGAGAAAGAGUAGCUUUGAAUAUGCUGGCAAGAUGCAGCGGAAUCGCUACCAAGUCAAAGCGAAUUAAGGAUCUCGCAGCUGGAUACGGAUAUCAAGGUAUAAUUGCCGGAACACGGAAGACCACGCCAGGUUUCCGACUUGUGGAGAAAUAUGGUAUGCUCGUAGGCGGGAUCGACCCUCAUCGACACGAUCUUUCGAGUAUGAUAAUGCUCAAGGACAAUCACAUUUGGUCGUCUGGGUCGAUAACCGCUGCUAUUCAACAGGCCCGUGCAGUUGGAGGCUUUAGCCUUCUCCUUGACGUCGAGGUCCGCACAGAAGCAGAAGCAGAAGAAGCGAUAGAGGCUGGGGCCGAUGUAGUUAUGCUCGAUAAUAUGGAAGGUACCGAGUUGGUGGAUGUUGCCCGGAGGUUGAAAGACAAAUGGAGAGGCAAGAGGAAAUUCAAGUUCGAGACGAGCGGAAACAUCACGGAAGCCAACCUCCAAGAACGCGCAAUUAAUGAUAUUGAUAUCCUGAGCACGAGUGUUGUUCACCAGUCCGUCCAACACAUCGAUUUCAGCCUCAAGAUUCAGAUGCCUAAGUAAGAACGGGUCAUUUCCGACUGUUCGUAAACACAAAUAACUGUAUCCUCUGGACCAAAUUACUGUUUCAUAUCCAAAUUGAACAGCGACAGGGCAUUUCCACCUCUGACAGCAU